GCUGAAGGUACAUGUGCAAGCGACUCCUACCAAACGUUUACGUAUUAUCUUGGCGCUUGUCACCAUUGCGGCGUUUCUUACCUGGCAUCUCGGAAGCGACUACACCAACACUCACCGUACUGAUGUCCAAGACAGGAUGCGUCAUCGCGAGGAUGCGGAACGAGCGAGGAGAAUCAAGGAUGAAGAUAGGCGGAGGGAGUCAGCGCAUCAGCAGGAAGAUAGGGAGAGGCGAUUGGCGCACGAGGAAGAGGAUCGCCAGUGGAAGGUGGAAAGGGAGAGGGAAGAAAGAAUGAUUCAUGCUAAGUUGAUUGCUGUGGCACAUCGAGAGGAAGCCGUCCGAGCUAAAGAGAAUGCGGUACUGGCCGACGAGGAGCGUAGGAAGCGCUCUGGACUGGCCUGGUGGGAUUUGACGGCGGAGAAGCGAUGCUUGGGAUACGAGAAGAGGAUGUAUCAUGCGGAGCUGCUGAAUGUACCAGUGGGGGAAGACGCACAGAACUGGUGCAUGAAGACGAGCAUUGAUAUCCAUGGUAUUACGUAUGAUCAUCCGGAAUUUUGUAUCCAGGAGUUGGUGGACGGAGCUAUAAAGACUAUUGGCCAUUGGACUGUGAACUCUAGUGAGCCGACGUGCGAGACUUGGUGGGGCGACCAUCAGAAGAAGGACUGCUAUGGCUCUCACAAGCGGCGCGUUGAGGCACGCAUGUUCAACCAUCAAGAGCCCUGGGACAACUGGGCCGAGAUGUGCUUCUCUACUCCUUCCGAAUUCGCCUGGCAGUCAUUCGCUCACCCCGAGACUUGCGAGAAUAAAGGGAAGGAAGGUAUCGUCGGGGGCUGGUUCAUCGACGUGGAUGAGAACGAGUGCCCUUAAACGACCGCCAGGGUUUGAAAGAUCUUUUUUCUAGUUUUUGUUGAUUUCCUGCUAUCGACUGCUGUACGAAAUAUUGUGUCCUACAAGCGCAUAGAGCACUGUAAUCUCCUUCGACUGAAAGAACCGGGUUACUGCACUGUAUUAAGAAUAACUUCAGUUCAUUGUGGAAGGAAAUACUGUAAAUAUCGUGGUAUGCUGAAGAGGAGGGCAGUGAACUGAUUCGACGUUAACAGCGGCAAGAGACACAUGCUAUGACACUCAUAAUUUGUGGUUCACGUGGGAAUGUUGGUGGUCUCAAAAGGCCCAAAUG